AUGCACCUUUUUUAGUUUGGGUAUUUCGAGCAGAGGCCUAAAAAAACAAGACGUUUUUUUAAAAGGUUAAAGUAUCAAAAGUAAAAUGCUGCACAACGGCUCCGUUCAAAAAAAUUGACACCUGCUUGCAAAACGGUUGUGUGCAAUGGACGAGUACCCUUUGGCAGGGUGGGGUGGGGGUGAUCUAAUGAUACAUGAACGCCACCGACUGAAGGCCGACUUCUUGACCUGACCUCGUGCCGUGGUCCAUGUGUACUUUGGCAGGUGGCUGGUGGGAUAAAAAACCUGCCGCGUCUCUGAUAAGCAACGCGUCUGUGCGUGUGCCACGUUGCCGAACGGCCAGCCCAGCCGUCGGCUCGGACCCUCGUUCAUUCAUUUAAAAAAAACGACACACCUGAGCCAUGUCUGGGCUGAACGCUUCUCUGGGAUACUUCGCGGCGGUCCUCCUUUUCGCCGCCGCGGUCCGAGCGCUCCUCAAGAAGUGGCCGCGGCUCGGCUUCGUCCUGGAGUUCGCGUCCUCCUUCGCGCUGGUGGCGUGCCGCCUGGAGGUGCAGACCAUCGUGGAGGUGGGCGAGUGGGCCGUGGGCCUGGGCUCCGACGUGACCCUGACCGUGCUGUUCGCGGUGCUGCUGGCGCACGGCGCCGUCUGCGGCGGCGCGACGGGGAACCCCGCGCUGGCCGUGCUGAAGUUGCUGCAGCUGGAGGCCAGCGUCCUGCACACCGUCCUCGCCGUGGCGGCCCAGUUCCUCGGGGCCCACCUGGCACUCCACGUGGCCGCGUACUACUGGAGCCUGGAGCUGACGGACAUGCACAUGAUCAAAACCCUGAUGUGGAGCGAGUGCAGCACGUCUCUGCUGGUCUCUCCGCUGCAGGGCUUCAUCACCGAGUGCUUCUGCACGCUGGUCUUUCACCUGGUCCUCCUGAACCUGCAGCGCCGGUCCGCUCUGAUCCGCGUGCCGCUGAUCGCCGUCCUGCUCACCUUCCUGUCCCACAUCGCCAAAGGCUUCACCUCCGCCCACAUGAACCCCUCCUUAUCCUACGGCCUCACCUUCCACUGCCCUGGAUUCACCUUCUGGGAGUACGCGGCGGUCUACUGGCUGGGCUCCCUCACAGGUGCGGUUCUGUCCGUCCUCCUGUACACGGGACACAUCCCGAAGAUCUUCUCCAGGAACCUUCUGUAUUUUCAGAAGAUGCGCGUUCGAGGGCCGAAGGGGGACAAAGGAGAGGCGAAGAAGAAAAUGUUCCCCUAUUGCUGGAGGGAAGGGGGGCAACAGAAGAACCAGAACCAGGACCGAGAGGGGCAGACUGGCGCUUGGAUGCACUACCUCUUUCGUCCACAGGGGGCGCCAGAAACAACAAAGUUGAAGUUCCUUGUAGUAACUUGAUGCAUAAACACUACAUUUAUUUGAGGAAGCAAAAAUAAAAGUACAUAUUAUGCAGA